CCUGUAGCACCUGCUGGUCCCUCAGAGCCUUGACGUCAGCGCAGUAAACACCGAGGUCUCCGGUGCGCCACAGGCGGAGCGUCCGUCCAGCGCGCAACGCAGGCGGCUGCGGGGGCUCCAGCACCGGCAGCAUCCACCGCACUCAGCGGAGACUCUGCGUGAGGAGGGGACGCACCGGCGCGCAGCACAGAUCCACAUCCAGAGCAUCCUCCCCCGGGGUCCGGACCCUCUCCAGCCUCCUCACCAUGUCCUCUGCUGUCACGGAGACGGAGGAGUCGGCGCGCAGCUCCCCACUCACUCCGCUCAAACUGGUCGGACUGGUCUGCGUGUUCCUGGCGCUCUGUCUGGACGUGGGAGCCGUGAUGAGCCCGGCGUGGGUGACCGCCGACGACCAGUACUACCUGUCCCUGUGGGAGUCCUGCUGGAAGCCGGCGAGCACCGAGAACUGGCAGUGCAGCAGCACGUUGGGCUCAGGUCACCAUCAAGGUCUUGUGCAUUUCAUUUUUAGCUCUGACUGGCAGGUUGCUACACUGGCCCUGUUGCUAGGGGGUGGAGCCCUGGUGCUGAUGUCAUUCCUGGUCGCUCUGGUCGCCGUGUGCAUCGGGACGAGACGGCGAUUUUACGCACCCGUCGCUUUCAUGCUCUUCGCUGCAGUUGUCCUCCAGGCCUGCAGCUUGGUCCUCUACCCCAUCAAGUUCAUCGAGAGCAUCAACCUGAGGAUCUACCACGAGUUCAACUGGGGCUACGGCCUGGCCUGGGGCGGGACCAUCUUCUCCUUCGGCGGGGGAAUCCUGUACUGCCUCAAUCCCAAGAACUACGAGGAGUACUAUUAGGUCAGAUUCAAGGUGGAGACUCUACAGUUACAUGCCAGGAGGGGUGUUCGGGGGGUUGGGUGGGGGUUGGAGUUUGUGUGGGUGGUGAUGGUGGUGGGGCAGCUUUUAAAGGUUCAGUUCCAAAGAACUGUGAGGAAUACUGUCCACUGGAUUACGGUCUGGAGAUUUAUUUUCUUGCCUUCACUCAACAUAAGUGUGGGAGCUGAGACUGAUGGGUAUUUGAACCGGCAGCCAAAAAGUCAGCAGGCCCGUCCUGGGCAGGGGUGGGGGGAUGGGUAGGGGUCUUACUGGUUUACUCCAAGGACUUGUGACACAGCUGGGACACACUGGAAACCAUCUUCCUUGUGAACGAAACAACAAGAACUGCUGGAUUUUGGUCACCAGUGACAACCCACUACUAAAGAAACAAGAUGUCGGACUGGGAGGCUUUUACCGCACGUUUACACACGCAUGCACAUGCAAAAAGAAAUGUAUAUCUUCACCUGUUAACAUCAAAUUCUUGUGCUUGACAUCUUCAAAAAGCCCCAGACCCUUUCUCCAUCUGUACAUCAUCAUCAUCAUCACCAUCAUCCUCAUCAUCAGUGGCACUUAGAGUUGUUUGCUUUCCAAACGUCCUCUGUAGUUCCUUCACUUUCUCAAGGACGUGGAAGAGGCUCAGACGCCACAGUUGCGCCUCAUAAGACAGAUAGAUUACUCUUGUGGGGGGGAGGUAAGAGAGGGGAAUAAAAUGAAGACACCCGAUCAAUAUUCUGUUAUCGAACCACUUGUCUGUUAGUGUGGCAACCCACAGGGUUUGCACGGGCGGCUGUCACGAUUGAUCAGCCAUGGUCGGAAGUGUGAGACGGGGCUGCACUCAGCCGCCUCCUGGGGUCUGCUAAAUUUCAGGUCCCUGUUGAGGGAAGUUUUUAUGCAUCGCGACAUUCGGAGCAUCCUUCCUCCUCUGGUUCAGCACGAUGAAGUGUCCUCUCUGUGGCCAUGUUUACAUGCACAACAGUGGUGUACGAGAGUUCAGACUUAUGAAUCUUAAGUGCCCGUCUCAGCUGGAGGGAGAGAGAAGUCCAGAAGUCCCCCCCCCCCGCCUGGCCAUGCAUAGAGACUUCAGAGCGAGUGUUUGGUUUGUCUGUUCUGGGUCACUGUAGAAACGUGGACUUACUCUAUAUGUAGAUCUCAUUGUGAGGUACAAAAAACACAAUGAUUCUCAGUUUCAGGUGAUGAUACAUUCAUGAAAACACAACUACGAACAGGCCUAAAUUAUACACACUGGUCAUUUAAGUGUUUCUAAUUCAGAAAAAUCAUUUUAUCAUCUGAAAUUAAAGUUCAUUCAUAAUAAUGGCAAAGCCUUCCUCCCAGAAUGAGCAAUCGGUGCAUUACUAUAUGCAUGUAAACACAGCCACUGAAGCUGACUAUUUAUAAACCACAGCAGUGUAUCUAGGCCACGUUUCAUUAACAGUAAAUUGCUCUCUCCUUGUCUGCAGCAAAUGUCAGGGAUCAGUGGAGAAAACGCCUGGCAUGCAGCUGCUGGCUCGGAGAGAGCAAAUGUCAAAUGUCGCCAUGAAUGGCUGCUUGUACAGAUAUCGACAAUAAGGAUUGUUUUGUAGCAUCACCUCCUUUCAGAAAAGAUCGUCCCACAGAAGCUGCGUAAUUGAACAUAAACAGUGUUUAUCUCGUUUCCACUGCCCUCAGGGUUUGGCUCUAAUCAGCUGGUGUUUGGGUGGUCAAGGAUCCAGCGUCAUUCCUGGACGGAGCCAUGUAUUGUAACUUCGAAGCUGAUUUUGAACUUGAGAUUGGGCGAUAAAACAGGCAGAUGCUGCUAUUUUUAUCUGUCAUUCUGCAAAAACAUUGUGUUCUCAGCUCCCCUGUGUGCUGAAUUACUUACCCUCACCCCGUGACCUCCAUCCUGCAUUCAAAACACAGUCUGUAAUUUCACUAGUGCACCAGGGAGCCAGAAUGUAAAAUAUGACAUUUUGGAAAUACAAACGGUAUCUUUAUCUGUACUCGCAGUUGUCUCAUAUUUGCUGCGGCGCUGACAAGCACCCAUCACCCCAAAAUAGGAUCUAGGCUUCCUCCCUUGCCACCUUAACAAAUGUGGACCUGUGCAGCCACCAUACGACUCGUGCAGCAGGCAGAAGUCCUUUUGUUUUAUAGGAAGUGACACGACACAGACAAAUCAUCUCCUCUGUUGUUGACGAUGAAAAGUGGUGUUUGUCUUUCUGCCUGUCAGUACAACACUACUACUGAGAUCUGAUGUGACGUACAGGUGACAGUAUACAUUACUGCCUCAUACGGGGUGUCAAUAAAAUACCUACUGAGAUAAAUGAAACACCUAUACACUGUACAAGUUGGGAAUUAGGGUUAUACAAUGUUAACUGCAGCUCUUAAGAGAGGAAUUCAUUUGACUAAUCACUGAGCACAGAUCGAAUAAUGACGACCUCCAGUAAAGAGUAACCUGUGAGAAAUGAGAGGUAACAGUGCAAUUAAAUCUGUAUUGUUUGUUGUGUUAUACUGAAGGAAUAAAACAACAUCGCUGGAGGAGAUGUAAUAUGUUAUUAUUAUAAUAUGAUUUUAAAUAAGGAGGAUUUAUUGAUUAUUAAUAUCAGGAAUGUCUCAGACAUUGUCUCAGAAAGUUUCAGAAUCCCAUGGAAGGUUUAAACUGAGUCUUUCCCACAACUCUCUUUCCUAUUUAACAUCUUUGUGACUGACGCACUUGCCAUCUGUGACUCAACCUGCACCUUCUUUCAAAAUCACUUUCUCUUGCCAUCUUCAUACCAAAUCAGAUCAGAUGUGGAGACAUCUGUUUUCCUCACUCUUACAAAUGUCAAAGUUGAAAAAGACCUGUCGUAGCUGCAGGGGGUGACUGGGAGUGUAUGAGCUGGUAUAUCGUACCUAUCUCAAGGUGCAACCUGUGAACCCAGAGCUUGUGAUCCAUCAGCUGCUGAAGCUGAGGGGUCUUCUCACUUGUGGACUUUGUGAGACAAUCUCUGUCAAUCUGAGACGCUGUGAAGUGUCAGGACUGAAUCUGUCAGAGACGCUCGGCUCAUAUCAAGUGUUUCAAAGAAGAAGUUCUGCUGGCUGUCAUCUCUCCUCCUUUAGAUCUUCCCUCUCCUCUUCGCCUCCCGAUGAACAUUGAUCUCUGAUGCAACCGAUUUGAGACCCUUGAUGUGCAAUCACACUCAAGUUCUAAAGCUGAGCAGAUGUCUGUACCCCAAAAUCAGAUCACUCACCAUCACAGCUCCAUAUUUAACAUGUACUUGUUAAGUAAUUUGUCAUUCUCGAUAUAGCAACUCCUAAACAUUCAUUGGUUACUUCCUCUUCCCCUGCACUUACCUACAGUGUGUAUUUCAUUGCUACCCACGGACAAACUAUUUACACUGCAGCUUUACGAGCUGUAAUCUGGAGCAUUAAUGGACGGGGUAAACUUGUGGGCACAAUGUGGUGGAGAGUGAAGCCACUUAAUCUCACUUUACAAGCUCUUUCAGGCAGCCGUAAACCUCCUGAUGUAAAUUCACUGUGUGUUUACUCUCAACUGAUGGACGUCAGGUGAAGAUAGGCAACAAGGGCACCAGAGUCCUUCAACGUCCUUGGGUGGAUUGAAAGUCCCCGUGCAGUUUAUUGAGCACUGAGUGAAAACAGAAAGAGUGCCCACUUUUACAGCCAGGAUUCCAUUAUUCAUACCGAGCUAUGUGGGUCAGCGGGUGCAUUUCAGCACGCUAAGUUUAAAAGAUGUCACUGCUGGUCGCUGACGGGGCUCCAGUUAAUCAGUAUCUGCCUUUGUUUGGUCACUAGAUUUCUUUUGGCAGCGCUCCGUGUCACAUGACUCGGUGUGUUGUCGCUCCCGAGGGGAACAGAAGCCCUGAAACGAUGGACUGUAAUAGAGAUCAUCACCACCAGUAUGAUGUUCAGUAUGGUCGCUACUGUAUUUAAUACUGUAUGAUCACAGCUUAGUGAGAGUGUUUUUGUUACCUAGAAACGUCUCUGUGCUUUGGUGGUAUAGAGGGGCCUUAGGCACUAACACUGUAACAGACCUGGGCUCAAACAUACAGGAAUGCUUUCAAAUAUCCUCAUCCUCAUACUGGAAGGACUAAAAGAACAGUUUCAUACUUUAAAUAAAUUAUUUCAAAUAUAAUCAAAUAUUCCUGAUUUGCAGAUACAAACGCUCUUAAAUGGGGAUAACUCCUCUGCCAGAUAUUUCCAGAUCAAAGACUUCCUGCUUUAUUGUGUAGUAGUUGUAACAUUGUGCAGCUGUUUCAUUCACACAUCUUUAAUCCCAGAGGUGGCAGUGCAGCAUUUGGCAGAGCAGAAAACAAACGUACAGUAACGUGGAGCAGAUGCAGUCGCUGCAUGUCCUGAUUCUUAAUUGGCAGCAGAAAUCAGUGUCAGUUGCAGUGAUGAGCCUCUGAUUAUAAAUGACAAUGUAAAUGUGCCUGCGCUACUUUCACAACUGACCUACAUGCUUUGAUUUUUAAUGAAGCACUUCACUGUGUUUCUGUUUAAAUUAGAUUAUUUGUGUUCGGCCUCUCGGUGUAAUUUCAACGGGGUCAUAUACAAAUUUGAGGAUGUGAACGCCCCCGGUGUUCUCGGGCCUAAAGGGCGUCUGACCCACGCUGCUUCCUUGUAUGUUUCAUCCCAGGUCUGACUCGUAGUUAUUAGCAUUUGUUUGGUUAUUAAUUCGCUGAUGAGAAGUAGAGGCUCGCAAACAGAGACGGCUCUGUUUGAUGCAUCAUCUCCCAGUAGACUGCAGAGAAACGCUGUCUAAUGAUGAGCGUAGGGAUUUAGGCUGUUUGUGUGUGUGUGUGUGAAUGACAGCAGAAGACUGUAAUUGUGUCUGAUAGAAAGAGGAAGACUGUGUGUGUGUGUGUGUGUGUGUGUGUUGGCAUGUUUUAGAUGCCGUUGUAGAGAUGUCAGUAAUCAGCAUUUAUCUCUUUGUACGUUGGAACAUUAAAGCACUGAACAGAAUA